GGGGAUUUCAGUAGACCCAUUCAGUCUCUGCGUUGUUGAGGGCAAUCCACUUCACUCCGGGCGCACUGAAGCAUUCCCAGAACUCACAAAACUCACAAAAGAAACGUGACUGGGCAGUGAAGGUAUGUGGAUGAUGCAUGCUGCAUCAUUGUCCCCCGUAAAUCGUGCCCGCCGCUCCCACCUUUAGACCCCGACGGUACUGGCGAAGCUGAACAGACACGUACGGGAGGAUAUAUUUUGUUUUGGAGUACAUGAGCUAGUGUGGUGCGUGGAUCACAUUAUAGGUCAACGUGUGGACUCCUACUCCUAGCUGUUAGUGAACUUGAACUGUGACAGCCAGAACGAGACAGCGUGUGGGUGUUGAAGAACCAACCAGAUCUUGUUUUCGAAUAGACGAUUUUAAACCAAGCAACUCCGUCUUCACCACCACCAUCAUGUGUUGCGCGUGCGGGUCCACACGGUGCCGGUUCCGAUGCCUGCGGUGCAGCGGCUCGCUGCUGAUCGUCAUCGGCGUCCUGUACGCGGCGGCCGGCAUCGUAUUCAACUUCUUCCACUUUCUCAUGAUCUUCACAACGGGGCACGCCCUCAUAUGGGGCGGAUCAGCGAUCUUUAUGGCCGGGGUAGCAUCCAUAUUUAUUACGAAGAAGAUGAGUGACGAUGAUUGGAGUUCUCGCGGAGCGGCCUUCAUGUGCAUCCUGGCCAUAGCAUCGGCCCUGGGCAACGUGGCCCUCCACACCUACAACUUGUACGAGAACCAGUACUUCGAGGAGUACGACAUGGAGACCUUUGCGGACCAGAACCUGACCUACGACGUGACCUUUGAACUCUGGCUGGGGGUCAUCAUUGCGGACGCGGGCAUCGACUUCCUGGCCCUGCUGACGACGCUGGCUGGGCUGGCGGCGUUUGGCAUCGGCUGCUGCUGUUCGGAAUACUCGGAGAUCGUGGAAGACUAUAAAGGAAGGAUAUAAAUUGAACGACUGUUGGAGCAAAUAAUUGGAAUUGUAUAAUAACUGUUACUUCAUUUAAACCACCUAUUUUUAAUUGCCGAAAUACAUUGUCUGGACAACUCAGAAUUGUAGGCAUGCCUUAACAGGAAAAAAAUGCCUACUUUAUGAAUAUAUCCAUAAAUUAGAUUGAAAAAAAAAAACCAGUUCGGACGAGAUUCCGUAUCAGAGUUUUGCACUAGUUGCCGCAUCACCAAUUUAUUACCAUCAAACCCGAUUUCAGCUACAUGUGUAUGAUACUUAUUAUAGUUUGUAUUACAAUUAUUAAAGACAAAAACCCAAACCCUAUUUUCAGUGUUGUGUUGGUUGAUUAACUUGACUUAGUGAGUAUUGUUUUUUUAAUUUACAUUAUAUAUGAAUAUUAAAACGGUAAGUGGAUUUUUAAACACUGAUUGUCAGUACGAAACUUAGUGUAGUAAUUUGUUUUUUUAAUGUAUAGUGUAGAAUUUGUGAAACAUUUAAUUUUCCAUUCCAAAACUCUGUACAAUGUAGCCGGUAAAAAAAAUAUUUUGCAAGCAAUCAAAAUGUACAUAUGUUUUUUUUUCCGAGAAUUGUUUAUUUUCACUAAUAUGCCUUGUUUGUACUUAUGUAUUGUCGGAGCAAUUUCUUGGGAACAAUUUUUUUUUUAGCUGUGCAUUGUCAGAAAUGGUAAGGACAAUUUAAAGGCUGCUUGCUUUAAAGCAUGGAGGUGGUGUAUUUUUGGAACAAAUUCCGCUUCCCGCCAUAUUUGGACAUUAUACAUUUGUAUAUUUUCUGUUAACGUAAGAAUUUAAGUGGUUAUAAUGGUAAUUACACAGAACUUGAUAUAGGCAAAAUUAAUGAAAUAAAAUGUUAAAUCGCUAACGUAAUGAUAACAAAAA